AUGGAGAGAAUAGCACAGUGCAUACUCUUUGAGCAGUCGGGUAACAACUACAAAGUUGUGUUAAACGAAGUGCCUAAGGAUAUUGAUAGGAUUGAUGUGGUCGCAGUUGUGGAAUGUAUACUAGAGUUGCCACCAUCAACAAAGUCAUUGUUUCGACCUCCCGAGGAUUGUUCCAUGUGCAUCGGCAUUUCUAAUGUAACGCGGCUUGCAAAGACUUCAGCUGAAGAAUUUGAAGAGUUGUUUGCCUACACUACCAAGCCUGUUAUCAUUACUGAUGCCACAUAUAACUGGAGGGCAAUACAGGAGUUCAGCUUUGAAUUCUUCGCGGAUUUCUACCUCAACGAGAAAAAGGGAAAGAAAAUUAACGAAUGUUUCUAUUUCGCUUACAAAUCUGGAUUAAAUUCACUUCAAGAAGUAUUUGCAAUGGAUGAAAGGAGGGCUAAUCUGUCCGGCGAACCCUGGUAUGUAGGUUGGAGCACUUGCUACGAUGAGGAGACAAGAAAAUUGAGAAGCUAUUAUAAUCGCCCUUAUUUUUUGCCCAAAACUGCGGAGAGUGACAUGGUGGAUUGGAUUUUUAUGGGUGGACCAGGCCAAGGAGCACACAUGCACGUGGAUUCAGUAAGGCACAUCUCGUGGCAAGCGCAGAUCCGCGGAAGAAAGGAGUGGCAGUUGGCCCCACCACCAGAAUGUUUGUAUUGGUGCGACUGGAUCACAUUCACUGUGGAGCCAGGGGAAAUACUGGUUGUGGAUACGAAUCGCUGGUAUCACAAGACGAAGAUUCUUCCAGGAGAUAUGAGCAUUACUAUUGGUGCCGAGUUUGAUUGA